AUGGCAUUGCGAAGGCAUAAGGAAUCUUCUCUUGACCUUUGUGCACGAGCUACUACGCUAGGUAAUACUAUUUCAAUACGACUUUUGGAGUACAUCUCUACGGUCAAAAAUCGACCACAUGGACUAGUUGAACUUGCGUCCGAGUUUCUCAAGAUCUGUCAGACUACCUGGUCUAUCGAAACAGGCUUGAAGGAAGCCAAAAGGGUCAACGCUACUAUUCCUGCUACCAUGGUGCACGACCUCGACACGAAGCUUCAACAAAUAGCUGACGACUUCCUCGCUUUGAACCAGAUGCUGGAGAAGCUUUUAGAGUAUGAGAAUAAAGGUCGGCGGAACAUUUUGCAGAGGGGGUGGCGUACGAUGUUUGUCGACACCGAUGUCGGGAGGUUCCGAGAAUGCCUAGGAAAGCGGUCGGAAGCUCUGAGAAGCAGCGCCCAGGAAUUCAAAUGGCCAACCGGGAUCCAGAAACCUUUCGACUCAUUAGGGAUUGGAUACACUGGUCUGGCAGCUGCACUUAACGCAAUCGAUCCAAAAAUAAUUCCUGCAGCUCCCACCACUUCGUCAUCAUCCAUGCAUGAAAGAUUGGACUCGAUGCUUCAUCCUACCAAAACAAGCACGCCAUCAGGAUCUUCCACGACCCAAGUUGACACACACACUGCCUCCUCUAUCACGACACUUGAAACGGACCUGGAGAAGGAGGGCCUCCUUCAAUCCUGUAACUCGAAACAAGUCACGAAGCCAACCAUGGCGACCUCCGUUCAAUCUACGUUUGUUGGCGCUAACCAAGAUUUCUCAGUCGGAGGUAGAAAGUCCCUUGAAACUCUUAAUUCCAUCUCGGAAAUUCCACGGACGAUGCAAGAAAUCCAGCUUCAGGACCCACUGUUGAAGAUUGUCCGAGAUAGGGCAACCUCGAACUCCACGCUCAAGGUCACCCCCAAACAGACAGCUGGUUCAACAUCUGCAAGCUUGAGAGCGGCUCUUGUCGGAGCUAUCCAACAACAAAAUUACAAAAUGGUUGAAAGGCUACUGGAUGUUGGUGUACCUGCGAGUGCUAGUGGAGAUUACAAUCCUCUGCGAGAGGCUAUUGCUUGCCGAGAUGUGAAUAAUGUUCGCCUACUACUGCUGUACGGCGCGGAUCCCAAUGAGAAGACUGGGCCGGAUGCUUCCACUCCCCUCCACGCGGCGACGCAGAAAGGAUUCGUCGAAGGGGCUGAAAUACUAUUGAAGGGUGGUGCAGAUCCAAACAUUCAUACUGGUCCGGAUGGCGACUUGCCUCUCUCACUGGCGGUUUUUGAGGGUAACAGUGAGCUUGUCAAGCUCUAUCUCACUCACGGAGGUGAAGUAAAUAAUCUCGACUCCGACGGCAACACUAUUCUUCUUAAGGCUAUAACGAAGAAGUGCUCAGUGAAACUUGUAGAUCUCCUGAUUCAACAUGGCAGCGACCCCAAUGGCAAGAACAGCGAAGGCCAGACCGCCCUGUUUGGAGCCAUCCAAGCAAAAAGGUUAGACCUUGUGACAUUCUUACUUUCUCGGGGGGCUGAUCCGAACUUACCUGGUCCGAAGCACCCUCUCUGGCCUGCAACAUACCAACCAAGAAUCCUUCAGGUCCUUCUUGAUAACAAGGCCGAUUGCAGGAAGUGCCCUGGUAUCCUUGAGCUCGCAACUAGUAUCAACAACCUAGAAUCGGUAAUGCUGCUAUUAGAUGCCGGAAUGGACCCGAACACCAAAAAGGAUGGCAUCUACACUCCUCUUUGCAGCGCUAUUCGUGACGACCGGGGAGACCUUGUGACCCUUCUCCUUGCCAAUGGUGCCGAUCCAAACGUCUGCGCAUCCGAAUACCCGGCCUUCAAAUGCGUUACGCAUCAUCGUACGCACAUCCUCCCACAGAUUAUUGAUGCAGGAGCGGACCUUCAUCACCCUGAUGGUAUCGUGGAGAAAGCCAUUGCGCACAAUAAUAAGGAUGCCCUGCUAUAUCUCCUUGAGCGGGGGGCUAGUCCAAACGGGAAAAGUACCGACGGAUAUACGCCCCUAACGACAGCUAUUCGCGAUAGCCGCAACGAGUUUGUAGAUAUUCUACUCGCAAAUGGUGCUGACCCAAGUAUUAGAGGCCAGAAUUGGCCAAUUUGUAUGGCAGUCAAGCAACCCUGCAUACUUAAGAAAUUGCUUCCAGCUGUGCAUAACCCUCGCGCCGUCAAGGGUGUGAUGGAAAUGGCGGUCGUUGCGAACGAAAUGGACAGUAUCAAGCUCCUAUUGGAGGCCGGAGUUAGUGUUGAAGACAAGAAUGGAGGCGUGUUCUCGCCGCUAACCACUGCAAUUCGAGAGCACAGAAAGGAGAUCGUCCGCUUCCUGCUGGACGCUGGCGCAGACGUUAACGCUCCUGGUGAACAUUUGCCCAUUAUAAAAGCUAUCCGGAGAUAUCAAGGCGACCCACAAAUUAUUGAGACUCUACUCGAUAGGGGGGCAGACGUCAAUUUAAUGUAUCGUGGCUGGAAUGCUGUUCUUCAGGCUGUAGAGAACGGCGAUGCGGAUCUCUUGCGGCUCAUAGUAGAAAAAGGGAACGGGGUCGACUUGCUCCUAACGGACGAUUCCGGGAGAACCGUUAUGGACAUUGUGACCGAGCGGGGAUGGGAUGAAGCAGUGAGCAUCUUAAUCGGUGACGGAGGAAGGAAAGAACGAGAUGCGCGAUCCUCCCUGCAAGAGGUGGUUUGA